AUGGGCCAGAUGAUUUGCAUCACCGAAGAGUCCUUCGGUAUGUUUUUCCAGCUUCCAAAAGUAAGUAUUGAUGAGUUCUCAACCACUCCAUCUCACUUAAUGAUUACAAUGAUGAAAGUCUUUUCUGAUUCUCCUCAAGUGGAUAUUCAUGGAAAGAAAAACCUCAUGAAGGUUGAAUUUGCUCUUCUAAGCGAUAUCGUCUUGAAAUCUCCUCUCCAAAGAGUCUUCUUACAAGUAUUGUACGAAGCAAUUGAGGAAGAACAGAAAAUCACGAAAACUCAGGAAGCAAAAAAACAGGAAAAUGAAACGGAAGAUUCAAGAAUUGAAGAGCAUAUUGUGGAAGUUAAGGAUAGUGAUAAAAAAGACAAAAAUGAGGAAAAUGCAAAGGAGCAAAGUAAGAAGGAUUCUGGGAAAAAUGAAAGCAAUAAAGGAAAGAAAGUAAAGAGAAUCAAGUUGAAGAGGAAAAGAAAAUUUUCUAUAAUGCGAAAGAUCAAAAUGGAAAUGGAAGAUGAACCUCGAGUUGUUGUGAGGAAACUCAAGAGGAAGAUACCAAAUAUUUCAAAGAUGAAAUAG